AUGUUGGGACAGAAAUCAAUCAGAACAAGUAUUUGGGCUACCAAAAAUAGUGGCAGGCUUUACUACGCUCAGCUUCUUCAGCAAGUUAAAGCUUCUGAUACCCCUAGAUAUUUUUCUUACACCCCCACUUCUCUCCAAGCAGAAAAAGAGGAGGAGCAGCAGCAGCAGCAACAACAACAACAGCAAUCAUGGCCACAGCCUAGCGAACCUGUGAUUUCAGUUACACAGGAAUCCCUUUCAACAACAAGAUCUUCUUCCAAGCCUAAAAUGCUAUCAACUUCAGGCAUUUUUUCAGACUUGUUUACCUCGAUUGUUGAGGACCCCAAGCCUGUUGAGGUUGGAAUUCCGUUAUACGACAGCAGCAUCCAGGAUGUUUCCAAGAAUCCCUCAUCUGAAGAAUUGCGUGAGCGAAUUAAGCUUUCACUGGCACAAAACCCUGAAAACAUUUUCAAGUUUCUUUCUUCAUCUUAUCUGUCUAACUUUGACAUUUUGGAGAAUCGAUGGAACAUUUCACGAGAGAGCUUUGAAAACGAUAAUAAGGUGUUUCGUGCUGCAGAUCACUUGACUUCGGAAAAUUUGAGUAUGAUAGAGUUGGUAGAGAUAAACAAGGUAAUCAUCUGGCAGUUCAAGCGAUGGGUUUUACUCAAAAGAAUUAAUAACAUGAUGAAAGAGGCUCAGGAAGAUUCUAAAGACACACCGGCCAAUGAUACCAAGAAUCCUAAAAGACCUAGACUUUCUAAGUACAAAUACUUGGAUUUCUCUAUACUAGAUUUUCUUGGGCUGAGAGAGCGAGACCCCGUGCAACGGCUACGUGUGUCGGGCCACAUUUUACUGAAUGAAGCCCGUUACAUUCGUGAGCUUACACGAUUAUACCAGUUGACUGGCAUCCGUGAACUUCGUGAUCAUGUUCUUAGCACAGCACCUUUGAUCAACCGAGUGUGCCACAGACUCCAGGCUUCCUAUAAUGAUCGCACUGACAAGAACCUGGUAGCUCCGGAGAAUUGCCUUUCAUCCCACAAGAUUGCCGAUGCAUCGUCACGCUCAACAUUUAUGUUUAUGGCGAAUUCUGCACGUCCAUUUCUUGAAAUCACUGAUAGCGAGGGCCAUCAGUUAAAUAUUCCUGAAGCUUACUUGAGUCCGUAUAGAUUUGUGCCCAUCUACUGGCGGUUGCUUCAUAACUUUAAUGACAUUGAAGCCGUGGCCCGUACCUUAAAGUCUCCACCCGAGGCGGACCAGAUUGACUUUUAA